UAGAUCAGAAAAUAUCUAUUAAUGAUGGAAUUUCCAAAAUUGACAUUGGGACGCUCAUGUGCUUUAUCACUGGCAAACAAUCCUAUGUAUGUUCUGCAUUUUGCAAUACAGAAAAGUGAUGGGUUACCAAAGGAGGAAAAUCUGUUUGCUGCAGCUGUUUCAGGCUCACAUGAAAUAAAACUUUACAGCAAACAGACGUUUUUAAGCCAAGGAUCACUUCAUGGAAACACAGCUGGAAUCACCGCAAUAAAGUUUGAUAUCUUAAAUCCUAAUAUUUUGUGGUCUACGUCACAGGAUGGAGGACUCAGAUAUUGGGACUUAACUCAAAAGAAUCCUGAGGAAACCAUAGUAUCCAAACUUGGUGUUGGGUACCUAUCACUUGACAUCAGUUCUGAUGGAUCUAUACUAUCUGUUGGGACGGAGAAAGAUGGGAAGGCGGAAACAGUUUUUGUCGAAUUCUGGGAUAUCCGCAACAUCCAAGAAAGAACACCAAAACUGUUGGCUCGGUUUGAAGAAAUUCAUUCAGAUGAUGUCACUAAAAUUCUGUUUCACCCGUCCAACCCAAAGAUCCUUGCUACUGGUUCAACGGAUGGUUUAGUAGCCAUUUUGGAUUUAACGACGUACGAUGAAGACGAUGCGUUAGUUCGUACGCUCAAUACGGAGUCUUCUGUGAGCACUAUGGGUUUUUUUGGACCAUCGUUCCAAUUCCUGUAUACAUUAACCCAUAUUGAAACUCUUCAAAUUUGGGAUUAUUCGCAGGGUGAACGUCUUGCUUCUGUUUCUGACCUGCGAAAAAACUCCUCCAUUUCAAUCGAUUACGUAAUUGACUGUAUUUAUCACGCAACUGCGCAAAGAUUGUUCCUGAUUGGUGGAACACACAAGGGAAGUAUAGAAAUCUUUCAUGUCAACUUAGACGUUAUUGAACCGUUUCAAUCUCUGAGUGGAGGACAUUCUUCUACUGUUCGAUGCAUCCUAAGUGAAACGCAGUCCUUGCUUACGGGAGCAGAAGAUGGAAUGGUUUGUGCGUGGGUACAGAUUGAUGCUUCACCGCAUUCUACCAAGGCCAAAACAAAAUCACAAAAGAAAAAAGAACGUUCAACGAAACCAUACAAAAAAGAAAAUACGUAACUUGCUCUACUGUUGUUGAAAGAUGGUUGUGAAGAAAUCCUUGUAGAGUUACAGAACGACUCUCGAUCACUUAAGUAAUUUUGGUACCAGCCCUUAGAAGAAGUUGCUUUAACCGAAACAUUUGAACUACAAGUGAUGGAGUAGAUUUACAUAAGGAAAGUUAUAGCAACACAUGAAUAUGGAUGCUGUAUUUGGAUGCCAUUGUGUGUAAAUGAACAUUUUUUUUAAUUACUAUUCAUUAACAUGUGACGUCAAAUUUGUUAUUGCUUUAAGACACCCCUGUUAAAUUGA